GGGUCCUAGUCUGAGUGUCAAUGGACCCCUGUGGGUCUUAGUCUGUCAGUGCCAGUGGAUCCCUGUGGAUCCUAGUCUGUGAGUGCCAGUGGAUUCCUGUGGGUCCUAGUCUGUGAGUGCCAGUGGAUUCCUGUGGGUCCUAGUCUGUGUCAGUGGAUUCCUAUGGUCCCUAGUCCCUGUGUGUCAGUGGAUUCCUGUGGGUCCUAGUCUGAGUGUCAAUGGACCCCUGUGGUUCUUAGUCUGAGUGCCAGUGGAUUCCUGUGGGUCCUAGUCUAUGGAGUGUCAGUGGAUCCCUGUGGAUCCUAGUCUGUGAGUGUCAGUGGAUUCCUGUGGGUCCUAGUCUGUGUCAGUGGAUUCCUGUGGGUCCUAGUCUGUGUCAGUGGAUUCUUGUGGGUCCUAGUCUGAGUCAGUGGAUUCCUGUGGGUCCUAGUCUGUGAGUGCCAGUGGAUCCCUGUGGGUCCUAGUCUGUGAGUAUCAGUGGAUCCCUGUGAGUCCUAGUCUAUGAGUGUCAGUGGAUUCCUGUGAGUCCUAUUCUAUGGAGUGUCAGUGGUUUCCUGUGGAUCCUUGUCUAUGAGUGUCAGUGGAUUUCUGUGGGUGCUAGUCUGUGAGUGUCAGUGGAUCCCUUUGGGUCCUAGUCUGUCAGUGCCAGUGGAUUCCUGUGGAUCCUAAUCUGUGAGUGCCAGUGGAUUCCUGUGGGUCCUAGUCUGUGAGUGUCAGGGGAUCCCUGUGGGUCCUAGUCUGUGUCAGUGGAUUCCUGUGGGUCCUAGUCUGUGUCAGUGGAUCAUGGUCUUCCAGAUCCUUGUCUCUUUGGCCAGGAGUGCUGCAGAGCAGAGCACUUGUCUGUGAUGCUGAUUUGAUCCCGGGUUCAAAUCCUGGCACCAGAAUGAAACAGCGAUGAGAAUUUAAGCGAAAAACUCAGACUGGGGCGAUGGUUCCAAGGACUGGGGUGCAAGCUCAGCCUGUCCAGCCCUCACGGUCCCCUGAGCACUGAGCCGGCAGUGGCCCCUGAGCACCACCAGAGAUGGAGAUUGCAGAGAGGCCUGCUGAGGACCCCGUGCAGGGGGAUGGGCGAAGUCCGAGGGCAGAAGCGAGCCGGGGCGGGCGGGCAGGCUCCGUGGGCCGCGGCCCCUCGCGCAGCUCUGUGGCUGCCGCCAGCGAGUGCAGCUCGGACGAGGACGACGGGGCGCCGGGGCGCGAGUCCAGCCGCACGUCAGAGGAGGGCGCCCGGAGCGGCCGGCUGGGCAGCGAGCCCUACUGGACAGCGUCGGACGACAGCAGCUCCGUGUUCGAGGAGGAGACCGUGGGCCCCGCGAGGCCGGGCCACGGGAAGCUGUUCUCCUGGCAGCAGGAGGCCAAGUGGCGCGCCCAGAGCACCGCGGGCAGCUCGGCCGCGGCCAGGAGGGAGCGCGACAGCUCCUCCGACGAGCUGGACAAGAGGUUCCGCUCCCAGCGGCUGGACUGCUCCUCCUCCUCGAGCGAGGCCAACACGCCCAGCCCCAGCCUGACCCCGGCGCUGACCCCCAGGCACCCGGCCAGGGCUCCCGGGAGGGGAGCCGUGGCCAUGCCCUCCCUGGGCCUGCCUCCCCCAAAGCUGCGGCCCCCCGCUGUGCCCAGCCUGGGCGUGGCGCUGGCCAGGAGGCACCUGAGCCAGCCGCAGCUGAGCUCCGACAGGAUGUUCGGCGCCAACAGAAACGCCAUCAGCAUGGUUCGGCCGCCCAGGCCCCAGGAGACAGACCUGGACCUGCUCGACGACCCCGGCAGAGAUGCCUCGGACAGCAGGGACUCGAGCUGUGACCAGGCCUCCUUCCGUGGCUCCCAGGAGUCCCCCGGCCUCGACGAGCUGCCCUUGGGGGUCUGUGGCACCCCGCCCACCCCCCCACUGCACCGCUUCCCCUCCUGGGAGAGCAGGAUUUACGCUGUCGCCAAGACGGGCAUCCGGAUGUCUGAGGUCUUUAACCCAGAGACGGUUCACAAAAACGGGGCUGCGCCUCCGGCCUGCAGCACCUCCGGCCUCUACACUGGCCUCGUCUACGGGAAUGUGACGGUGCCUGUGUACACAACCUUGAAAGGGAAGGCAACUCUGAUCAGCAGCGGCCCCUUCCUGGACGACUCCUCGGGCUCGGAGGAAGAGGACGGCUCUCGGUCCAGCUCGCGUGCGUCGGAGCCGGCCACGCGUGGACGCGGUGGGCCAGGCAGCCCCAGGGCCGUGAAGAGAGGUGUGUCCGUGUCGCCUGUGCCUUCCGAGAGCGACUACGCCAUCCCCCCGGACGCCUACUCCGCGGACCCCGAGUGCUCGCAGCCCGAGCAGAAGCUCCUGCGGACCUGCCCCUCCGCCAGCGACCCUGGGAAAAACGAGCCCCUGGAGAAGUCCGGCUACCUGCUGAAGCUGAGCGGCCGGGCGCGGGCCUGGCGGCGGCGCUGGUUCGUGCUCAAAGGCGGGGAGCUGCUCUACUACGCGUCCCCGAGCGACGUCAUCCGGAGGCCGCAGGGCCACAUUGAGCUGGGCGCCUCCUGCAGUAUCGUGAGGGGGGAGAGCAAACAGACCGUCCAGCUGGUCACGGAGAAGCACACGCACUACCUGACGGCCGACUCGCCCAACCUGCUGGAGGAGUGGCUCUCGGUGCUGCGGGCAGCCGUGCGUGUGCAGGCGGCCAGCCCGCCGCCCCUGCGGCCCGAGGGCAGGCCCACGCUCAAAGGGCUACUCACCAAGGUCAAGCACGGAUACUCCAAGAGGGUGUGGUGCUCGCUGGUUGGAAGCACGCUGUUCUACUCCCGCAGCCCGGAGGAGAAGUUUCCUCUCGGUCAGAUCAAGCUCUGGGAGGCCAGAGUGGACGAGGUGGACCGGUCCCGGGACUCGGACGAGGACUACGAGGCCAGCGGGCGGGGCAUGCUCUCCACGCACUUCACCAUCGGGAUCCACCCCAAGGACCAGGGGCCCACGUACCUGCUGAUCGGGUCCAAGCACGAGAAGGACACGUGGCUCUAUCACCUGACCGUGGCGGCCGGCAGCAGCAACGUCAGUGUUGGCUCGGAAUUCGAACAGCUCGUCUGCAAGCUGCUCAACAUUGGCGGGGAGACGGGCUCUCAGAUAUGGAGGCACCCGAGCCUGUGCCACAGCAAAGAAGGGAUCGUCUCGCCCCUCACGACACUGCCCUCCGAGGCUCUGCGGACGGAAGCCAUUAAGCUGUUCAAGACCUGCCAGCUCUUCAUCAGCGCCGCCGUGGACGCGCCGGCCAUCGACUACCACGUGUCCCUGGCGCAGAGCGCCCUGCAGGUGUGCCUCACACACCCCGAGCUGCAGGACGAGCUCUGCUGCCAGCUCAUCAAGCAGACGCGGUGGAGGCAGCCGCAGAGCCCGCCCGGGCCCCUGCAGGGCUGGCAGCUGUUGGCGCUAUGUGUCGGCCUCUUCCUGCCCCACCACCCUUUCCUGUGGCUGCUGCAACUGCACCUCAAGAGAAACGCGGACCCCAGGACGGAGUUCGGGAAAUACGCCAUCUACUGCCAGCGCUGCGUGGAGCGAACCCAGCAGAACGGAGACCGCGAGGCGAGGCCGUCGCGGAUGGAGAUCCUGUCGGUCCUGCUACGGAACCCCUACCACCACUCGCUGCCCUUCAGCGUGCCCGUGCACUUUCCGAACGGCACCUACCAGGUGGUCGGCUUCGACGCGUCCACCACCGUCGGGGAGUUCCUGAGCACGCUGAACCAGCACUCCGGCAUGCGGGGGCCCGCGCAGUCGGGCUUCGCCCUGUUCACUGACGACCCUUCCGGCAGGGACAUGGAGCACUGUCUGCAGGGCACUGUCAAGGUCUGCGACAUCAUCUCCAAGUGGGAGCAGGCGUCCAGAGAGCAGCAGGCCGGGAAGUGGGAGAGCUCGCGGACCGUGCGGCUGACGUACAAGAACAGGCUCUACUUCUCCCUGCAAGCCCGCGGAGAGACGGAGCGGGAGAGGCUGCUGCUGGCCUACCAGACCAACGAGCAGGCCCUGCACGGCCUCUUCCCCCUGAGCCGGGAGCUGGCGCUGGAGAUGGCGGCCCUCUUGGCACAGGUAGACGUGGGGGAUUUUGAAAGGCCUUUGUCAACUCCCGCUGACCAGAUCCCAAACCACUGCAAGGCCAGCCAGACCCUGCGGCAGGUGCUGGACAAGUUCUACCCUCGGCGGUACAGAGACGGAGCCUCGGAGGACCAGCUACGCCAGCUUUGCCAGCGACUGUCCAGCCGGUGGGCGGCCCUCCGGGGACACAGCGCGGCCGAGUGUGUGCGCAUCUACCUAACGGUGGCCAGGAAGUGGCCCUUCUUUGGUGCCAAGCUGUUCCCGGCCAAGCCUGCAGCUUCUCUGUCUCUGGGAAGCACCAGCACGUGGCUGGCUGUCCACGAGGAUGGAGUGAGCGUCUUAGAACACGACUCCCUGCGGCUGGUGGUCAGCUACCCCUACAAGGACCUGAUCACUUUCGGGGGCUAUCAGGACGAUUUCAUGGUGGUCAUCAGCAAUCCCCACUCCAAGGACAAGCCCACCGAGACUCUCCUCUUCGCCAUGGCCAAGCCCAAGAUUCUGGAAAUCACCCUUCUGAUGGCCAGCUACAUAAACCACUUCCACCAGCAGAAGGCUGUGCUGCACCACCUCUCGGCCCCCGCCCUGCUGUCCGCCCCCGGCCAGGGCGCCCAGCCCCGCCCGGCCAGCACCAGGCCUGCCAAAGGCCCCACUUUGCUCUGAGCUCGGAGCCCGCGGGGGCUGCAGAGAAACCCCAGCUGGCUGGGGGGGGGGGGAGCACACAUGCAGCCUCGUCUGCCCACCCCCGCCACCCCCUGGCCUUUCCCAGUGCAGUCUGGGGAGGGGAGAUUCCAGCCCCUCGACACAGCUGCUGCCUGUCUGGAGACACUGGCUGUCACAGGCUCCGGCUCCGUGGGGGACGG